AAUAAUUUAUUCACGAGGAAAAUUUAUCUUUCAUAGAAAUGUAUGAUGUACGCGCGACCUACAUCCAUUUAUCCUUCCAAUUGCGCCGCGGACUUAUCGACCAAAUUGUUGUGCCCCGCGAUAAUCCUUCGUUUGCUCAAUUUUAUAAAUCAAGCGUUUUCACGAUUAAAGGGUGCUUAUUCGAAGAUUUAAGUAAAAUCGUAAUCUGACGUCGUCGCGUAAGCCGAUUUGUUAAAUUUGCCCCCGUUCACAUUUGCCUUCGGUUAAUAUAAUUUAUUUAUCGAAUUUGUUACGUGUAAUAAUUUCUCGCGUCCGCGAUUCCGAGUGUGGUCCGGAAAUUUCAACGAUUCCCCGAAUGUAAAAUUUACAACGCGGCAAUAUUGCCUAACUUCUGCCAGCCCGCGAGAUCUGACGCUCUCAUUUGAUAUUACAGACACGUCCAGCUCGUUUCACACACCGGAUUCCCGGGAAUCUAACGCGACGAUUUCGAUGGUAUCCGACAUAGAAUCGUUCGCCGAAGAAACGAACGUAUGUAGAUUUCCCAGACAUUUCGCUUUUAUCGUUACACGCUGUUAUUGCUCGUCACUUUAAAUAAAAAGAAGGAAAAAAAGAAUGUCCGCCUUUUCUCCAAGAUUUCGGAAUAUCGCGAAGCCGCCGAGAAUGUUGAAACGCAAUUUGUGGUGCACGAUAUUCACGGGAAGCAGGCGGAUUUAGAGUCUCAACAUUGUAGCGAACAAUCCAUUCAGUGCGAGACGAAACAUCCCUGUCAGGAAUAUCAUUUGAAUUCACCUCCAGGAGUCGACGAGGUCGUUCAACAUUUCAAAACGAGCUCAAUGAAUAAAUGUCACGGUUCCCAGGAGAAAUCGGAUACUAACGUAAAGAAUAACAGUGACAAAGCAAUCGGUGUUAAUUCGGAAGAGAGUGAGUGAGAAAGUAGAGCGGUUAGAAAAAAUAUAAUACGUAGAUACUCGUGAAAAAAAAAAUUUAUAAUGCUACUUGCUUCGAUGCACGAUCAUAUUUGACAUUUAGGGCUGAUGAAGGCAAUAGCUGAAACGAACAGUUUGGAAGGCUGGACGGAAAUAACUGAUAAUAUGUUGCGAGAAUGGCACGACGACAUGGAAGGUGACAAUGAUUCUGAAACUCGGCCAAAUGUCGACGAAAAUAUAGAUGACCAUUCGCCUCUGAUCAGCGAUGGUGGCAAAAUCGAUGAUAAAAAAGUUAUUAAAAAUUCGGAGGUCAACAUUGCGAAAUGUUCUGCAGCAACUGCGAAUCAUCGUUCGCCAUUGACUAUCCUUGAAGAGUAUGCAAAACGGUGCAAAGAGACGAUCAAAUACGAGUAUAAGCCGAAACAGAAUUUGUAUGUGAUAACUGGUGACUUGUGUGGAUUUCGUGGUAAAUAUUUCAUACCUCGUGCAAAGAGAUUACGUGGGAUAUUAUCACAUAUCGUCGUCAUGUUGAGCAUUAUUUUUUCACCCAAAAAUACCGCAGAUUAUUCAUUGCGGUUUCUUAGCAAUUGUUUUAAUAAUUUUUACUUGCUCAUAAGUCUGGCGUAUAAAAUAUUGCAAGCUGCUUUUUUAUACAUUGUUAAACAUAGUUUGGAUAAUGUGUCAGCAAUGUCGUGUGCCGCGAUCGAAGGCCUCGCCAAAAAUGAAUUGGCAGCAAAAAUAUUGUGGAUCAUAGCCGAGCGUCAGAUGGAUGGCUCGAAAUUUCCAUCGUCCGGAUUAUUAGAUCUCUCGAGGGGGGAGAUGUUAGAGAUAAUAGCAUUUAAUAAAGGCGAUUUGAAGAACGCGUCGCAAAAGCUUUAUAAGCUUUGUCUCGAGAAAGAAGAACCUAUUCCGGAAUAUGCCAUUCGUAAUUUAAGAACAAAUCAAGGAUUUAUGUACAUAGCUCGAUGUAAAGCGUUAGGUCAUGUUGGAAAAGGUACGUUACUUUCUCAUUUUGUUGUCACGAAUAUAAUUUGGUCAAAAUCAAAACUUUAA